AGAGAGAGAGAGAGCAAGGGAGGGAGAAAAAAUAUGAAACAACUCAUUUGCAGAGGAGUAAAUCACGGAAAAGCCGUUUGAGAGCCGCGACAGGGCUCCGCUUACAGCGCGAACACCGGAAUUGUGAUGCGCAGGAGCCCUUCCUCCUCAACUUCUCCCUCUUCUUCUUCUUCUCCUUUCUCCUCUUUUUCUCCUUCUUCUUCCUCGGUGGAGAUUUUAUGGACUCGCUGUGAUUGUUGUUGUUGUUGUUGUUUUUGUGGUGGUCGUGUUCGUGUUCGUGGUGUUCGUGGUUGUUUCUGCUCUCCGUCACCGUUACUCACACCGCGCGUCCGUCACUGUGGCCGUGAGGGGGAAACACCACAACAACGGUCACCGACACCGGCGGCAGACUCGCCUCGCGCUCUCUGUCUCCCUCCCCUCCGCGCGUGUCGGUGUUUGUCUGCCUCACGGCGCGCGACAGAAACAGCAGCAAAAAAAGGAAAAACACGAGCCGCUGGUCGCUUCCUCCGCCGGUCCUCCUCCUCCCGUGACUCUGCUCCACACUGAGUGAAACUCCUGUAAACAAAAACACAGAGAUGAGCUCUUAUUUCGUCAACUCGCUCUUCUCCAAAUAUAAAAGCGGAGACUCUUUACGUCCAAACUACUACGAGUGCGGCUUCGCGCAGGACCUGACCGGCAGCCGGCCCACCGUGGUGUACGGCCCGGGCUCCGGCGCCACCUUCCAGCACGCCCCGCAGAUCCAGGACUUCUACCACCACAGCGCCUCCACACUGCCCAGCAACCCGUACCAGCAGAGCCCCUGUGCGGUCACAUGCCACGGAGAGCCGGGAAACUUCUACGGAUACGACGCCCUGCAGCGACAGACGCUUUUCGGGGCCCAGGACGCGGAUCUGGUCCAGUACAGCGACUGUAAGCUGGGAGGAGCGCCGGUGCUGAGCGGAGAGGACGCAGAUGGAACCGAGCAGAGCCCCUCGCCGACGCAGCUCUUCCCCUGGAUGAGGCCGCAAGGUGAGGAAACGGAACCAUAGAGGUUAUUUUCUGAGGGUUCAGAGGAGCAGAGCUGCUGCUGCUGCUCCAGGAGGAGAAGACAGAAAAUGAUCAGGGAGAGGAGAAACAUGUGGAGGAAAGUUGGAGAAGUAGUUUUAAAAACAGCAAUUUACGCAGAGACAAAAGCAGGUUUAUGGUUUUAUUGGCAGCAACCAAAACUUGUGAAUGACUUUAGGGUUUAAUUACCCCGAGAGAGGAUCCGGGGCAGAGGCUCAGGGAGAGAGGGGAAGAAAGGAAAGCAGACAAAAAUGGAUGCUGGAGGAGGGGGUGCAGACAGACAGAGAGAGAGAGAAAGAGGAGAGAGGAGCCCCCCUCCAAAAAGUCAGGGCCGAGGGGAGAAAGUCGUUUUCAGACAUGCAGCUCUGACCCGGGUUAAACUUUUACGGCCGUUUUUUUGCUUUUACAGCCACUGCUUGUGGUCUGUGGGAAUAUUUGGCUGCACGGUGGCCGAGUCCCCACAGAGUUAAAGAAGAGAGAGAGAGAGAAAAACAGAGAGAGAGAGGAGAGAAAGUGUAGAGUCAGGGUUAGCGCCUUCACAGCGUCUCUGAGGGAGAAAAACCCCAAAAAAUCCACAAAUUCAGAGACGAGAACCAUCUCAACUUUCCUGUUUGGAGUGUGUGUGUGCGCGUGUGCGUGUGUGUAUAUAUGUGUGUGUGUGUAUUUUGGCACACACACAGAAAGAGAGUGAGUUUGGAUCAGAUCAUAAAUAUGAAAUAUUCUCAUUAUUAGAAAGCGGAGAAGUGAGAAGUGAUGGCUUCACCAACAUGAGAGUUUAUACGGCUGAUUAUGCAAGAAGGGGGGGGGGGGCAGUGAAGGGAUUGACGUGUAUAGCUCCCUAUUUUGUUUGAGCCCAUAUUUUUUGUGCUGUAGUGUGUGUGUGUGUUCGUGCAUGUGUGUGUGUGAGUUUAUAGCUCGUGUUCUCGGUAGUAUUUUUGAAAGUGGGGCUCAGACGGUUAUAGCUGCUGCUGCUGCUGCUGCUCUACAGGACUGUUGUGACUCCAUGAUUAUGAUCAUAAAAUAGAAAUAAAAGAAAUAAUAAAUAAUAAACAGCAGCUCUGCUUUAACCUCGAGCUGCUUCUCCUCCAUCCUCACAGCAGAAACACAAACUGGAGUCACCUGCUCCAGAUCAUCAGAUUUGAUAUUAACAGAGUUUCCUGUAAGUGUGUGUGUUCGUGUGUGUGUUCGUGUGUGUGUGUGGUGAGGCUUGUGUUUUAAGUGUUGCCUGUAAAUGCUCAUAAUUUACAUCGUUAAAGCCUCGCUUAUAUUUUCCUAACACUUGUCUCCCUCUGCGCGUAACGGCUCUCCAAAUCAUUCCCAGCUUUUAAACACGAGCGGACACACUCAGGGCUGCAAACCUGGACUUCUUUUCCUCUUUUAAAGGCUUUUCACUCUCCUGUAGGAACGAUGACAGUGAUUAGCGCCAUGAUUAAUAGAUUUCUAACAUUAUACUUGGGUUUACUGCCCGGGUGCAGGCAGCUCUCACCAUCCGGGGGCUUGGAGAGUCGAGUGAAAACAGGAAACCAGGCGUGUCAAGUCCGAGAACGCUUUGUACGCACGCAGUUAGAGCUCUUGUCCGCUUUGAUGGGGUGUUAUUAUCGCAGCUCACCGCGAGGAUUUAUUAGUUAUAAUCGCAGAAAAAGGCGGACGGUGUUUGGCGGCUGGAGCAGGGAGGGAUGGAGUGAAACAGCGAGGCGGUAAUCCUCCCCGUUCAGCCCUGAAAUCCCGCUUUAACGAGGGGAAACAUUUCAUAAUUUAUCUCACAAAGAGGGUCUUUCCUCCUCUCAUAUUAGAGCCCCACACUGAAGAGAGUGGAGAUGAAAACCUCCAGAGUCCCGAAGCUUCAGGUUUAAUAUCCGAGUCUGAACUCGGGAGUUGAAGCCGGUUUACGACUCUAACCGCUGAGGAUUAAAACAAAUCAUCAAUUAUUUCCUCUGAAGGCUGAGAAUAAAAAAAGAAAAAGGUGAAUCUGAUUAGGCAGGAGGAUGAAUAUAGAUGUCUGUAAUUGUUUUAGUGUCUUCUUCUCCUUCUGCCUCAGCUCUCAUUGGCUUCUGUUGUCGAGUGGAAACCUUGUUUCUCCAUCCUCCAAAAUGUCAACUGCCAGCAGCCAUGCGUUUGUUUAGGGCUUAUUUAAUUGGCGUUGUAAAGGUUUCAUAUGUAAUAGCUCUUGAAAAUGUUUAUAAUCCCGGGGCCUGUUUCAUUUCCUCGGCCUGCUAAAGAGCAGGUAAUCCUUCAGCUGACGAUAAAACAGAGAAAUGUCAAACAAACGAAACAAAUCUGAGGAUUUAUCCUCUCAGAGCUGUUUGAUCCUCUCAGCCGUGGAUGUUUGCGCAGAGGUCGGCCUCACAGUGUCCGUGUGUGUUUCUCCAUCAAACCCCCUCCGGAUCAAAGCGUCUGUGUUGUCAUUUUAUCCAGGAAAGUGUUUCCCAUUUCCCUUAAUUCAUGCUGGUGACAGCAGUGAAUGUGGCGCCCACCUCUCUUUAGUCCCCUGCACGAAAUCACGGCGCCAGCCCCGUGACAGAUAACACAUACAAGACAUUUACAUCACUUUCAAGUUCACGCAUUUCCAUAAAGACCCCCUUGUCUGCUGCUGCUGUUUCUUCUUCUGUGAAUGUUUUACCAUCAAAAGCAGCUCUGGGCCUUAAACACGGACUAAACAGGGAAGACAUGAAAGUCAGAGCAGUCUCUGAGAAGUCAAAUCCAUCAAUCCGGACUCUUUAAAUGACGGUGAAGAUGGUUUACCUGCAGGCUGCACAUGAUGUGAUCAGAGAAUAUAGAAUCUUUACAGCAGCAAAGUCACUCCACUCUUUGGCUCCAUUAUGUCUGAGUGUAGAAAACUGAUAAAAACAGAAACUAAACAUCACAGAAAUCAAACAAAAACAUUUUUAAAUCUACAAAAAGUUUUAAAAUAUUUUAUUUUACCAGAAAAAAACAAAAUGUACAAACUUUCCAGCUGCGCUCCGUUUACGCAGCUCCUCCUCGGGGUUAUAAAAACAUAAAAAUGUCCUUAAAAACCCUCUUUGUGUACAGCGAUGUAAUACAGACAAGCUCACAGUGUUAGAUAAUAUAGAGGAAAAAAACAGAAUUAAUUAAAAAUACAAGUUGGAGUAAAAAAGGAUCAAAUGCAGAAACUUGAUAAUCCUGCGUAAAAAUGUCAGUUUGGAGCGCGAACAAAUCAAGAUAUGAAUAAAAAAUAAACUCUCCCCGUGAAUUAUGUCAAUUUGAUCCAUUGUGUUCACUUAAGGUGUGACUAAAAAUAUAUAUAGUUGUCAUCUAAAGCACCAAUAUUUUUAUAAAAACCUGAUUUUAAAGAUGUUUUUGUGUUUCCAUAGUUGGACUCUUUUUAACUCUCUGCAGCUCUGAUGGAGUUUCUUAAAUUACACCACCUCUCCUGCAGGUAAAUAACACCAACUCUGAGGCAUUUCUCCUCAUGCUUGUCCAGCCUUCCUGCAGGAAACUCGAUAUCUGACCCCGUGCGCGUUUAUUAAGUAUUUAUGAAUUUGAUAUUGCGUCUGUGUGCCCGCUCCUCUCUCCCUCCUCUGCGCUCAAACAAAGAAACAGCACACUCAGUGGCUCACAGUAAUCUGUAUUUAUCUCCACUUGUCAUCGUUUGAAGCAUUUUUAAUGAAAAGUCUUCGCUUGUCUGCAGAUGGAUCUUGAUUCUCUUCUGUCUUCUUUCUGAGCCUCUUCUCCUUUUUCUCUUUACGAUGUAUUUACGUUUACCAUCAAAUAUUCAUGCGCACUCUGAGUGCUCAGUAGAUAUUUCUGUUUUAGGAAUAAUGAUUGCGCUUGGCUGAUGGAGAUGUGUUUUUGGUGGAGUUCGGGUGGAUGCUAACAGUUUUUGGAACAGUGCGCGCGCUGGUGUGUGUGUGUGUGUGUGCGCGUGUGUGUGUACAUUCUUCCGAGGAUCACAUGAUGUUUCAAAGCAUGCACUAAAAAAAUCACAUCAUGCCUCUGACUUUACGUGUCAUCACGUGGCUUUAACACAAACGGCGUCUGUGCGUGUAUAGAUGAGGGAUCAUGGUGUUCACGCGCACUCACAGGCGGACACUGACCAUGUGAACUCCUCCACAGAACAAAGGAAUCCACCGGUCCUCAGUGUGACCAACACCUCCAUCCAAACCUCCUCCUCAGAUCAGUCAGAUUCAGAGAAAAAGAGUCAAAUUCACCUCCUGACAGGAAACUAAACUAGUUUACUGAACAUUUAAAACCUGAACAUUUACUGUCCAACUCUGAUCUUAUUUAAGAUAAUCAAAAUAACACAAACACAACUAUAUCUGCACCUCAGACGAAAACGUAGACUGAAAAGAGGAUCUCCAGGAGUUAUUUUUUAAGUUGGAGCUAAAUCAUCAAAACUAUCAACAAAUUUCAACUUGACCUGAGUAAUAUGGCACAUACAGUAUGAUAUAUGAUUAAACAAAGACACAACAUGACACGAUACAACUUUUAACAUCAGCUGAUACCAAAAAAGUACAAAAAUAUACCGGACGAUACGAUAUAAUACGACAAAAACCCAAACGAUGCAACAAUAUAGAAUAAAACAAGAUGUAAUCAAUUUAAUAUGAUUGUGUUCAGUUACUAAAUCAGAAUAUUUAUUAAUACCACACUGGAUAAUAGAGUAUUACAUAAUCAAAAUUACACUGUUAUGUUAUCACAGGAUUCCAAACACGGCACGAUAUGAUCGGUAUGAUAACAUGAUAUACGAUAUGAUAAUCACCCGAUACAAUCAAACACUAUGCCAUAUGAUGCAGUAUUAUAUCAAAUGAUCGCCUUCAGAAUAGUUCUGUUAUUUCACUUUUCUAUUCCAUCCAAUUUAAUAUAAUAUCCAAGGAUACAACAGGAUCAGAUAGAGUGUGAUAAAUAUGAUAUUGUUAUAUUUCAGGAAAACAAGCACUGAUGAUGAUACAAAAUAUAAUAUGAUACAACUCUAUACUUACUCACACAAAAUGACACAGUAACAUUAAGAUAAGAUAUUCCUUUAAUAGUCCAACAGGGGAGAAUUCCAGUUUACAGCAGCAUAAAUACAGAUACAAAAAAGAGAAAAAAUUAAAGGAUAAAGAAACUUAGAGUUAAAAAGAUCGGUUCAGUGCAAUCAUACAAUGAUAUAUUACUAUGUAUUGUAAUAUAUUAGUGUUGUUAUUCAUACAAAGAAUAUAUUUCAUUAUAAAAAUAUGACAUGUGGGGAUCACCUUUCAAUAUGAGACACUUUACUGUGAUUCUACAGUAUUUUACUGUAAAUACCCUGAAGUGGAACAUUGAUAUUAUAUUUAUUUAAACCAGAGUAAUCAUCUUACUGUUAUAAUAUUCUGACUUUUAUGUCUCCUGUAGAUGUAAAUAAUGGAUAUUAAAGAAGACGCCUUUUUAGGUCUACAGUUGGUGGUUUGGUUGGUGUUCUUGUGUGGGGAGGGAUGGUUGAUUUGGGGUAAAGUCCGGAUGUGAUCAGGUAGUUUCGUCUCUAAUUAUGUCUCCACUUUUUUCUUCUUCUCUCCCCUCACCCUCUCUCCCCCCUCCUCCCACCAGUAGCUGCGGGUAGGAGGCGGGGCCGGCAGACCUACAGCCGCUACCAGACCCUGGAGCUGGAGAAGGAGUUCCUCUUCAACCCCUACCUGACCCGGAAACGCCGCAUCGAGGUGUCCCACGCGCUAGCGCUGACGGAGCGGCAGGUGAAGAUCUGGUUCCAGAACCGGAGGAUGAAAUGGAAGAAGGAGAACAACAAGGACAAGUUCCCCAGCAGCAAGAGCGAGCAGGAAGCUGUGGAGAGGGAGAGGAGGGAGAAGGAGCUGAGGGAGGGCGGUGGAAGUGGAGGGGGAGCUGGAGAAGGAGGUGGUGGAGGUGGAGGAGGAGGUGGAGGCGGUGGAGGAGGCCAGAUAGCAGCGGUGGCAGUGGCGGGAACCGCGGGGUCACAGGCCGCUGUGAGUGAGGAUUGCUGCGAGAAAACACCGAAGCAAAUGUAGGGAGGAAAAACGGUGACACUGCUGGGUGGGAGGGUGGUGUUGGGGGGGAGGGUGGGGGGCUGUAAAUGUUGGACAGGAUGGGGUAACAGUGGGUGAUGUGGGGUGGGUGGGGGUUGUUUUUGUCUAACUUAAGGCCAUUGGACUGCCCCACUGUCUCCACGAUCCAAUCGGUGGAAGGAACUUGGGUUUUCAAAAUGGCGACCGACGGACUGGAGGGGCCUCGCGCCUCCAUGUGCUGA